CCUUGUGUCAAGAGCUAAGCUUUUUAGCUGGACAGAGAACCCGACCGUGGCAGUAACUUCUCUACGAAACAUCUGAAGAAUACUCCUAAACCUUGUAUUUCUGAAGGAUUCUGCUUCUCAAGACGUAAACGUCAAAUGUUUGCCCAUUCUGGACUUGCAAAUAUACUUGUUGUUUAUUUAUUUAGCUAUUAAAUCAUUAGCUAGCUAGGCAAAGUCUACGUUUUCUCUCAACUGGACACAUCAAGGAUAAUAUCGGUUGCAAUGCAAGUCGUUUAAUUUCAGAAACUACUCAAGCAAAGGAUUUCGUUGGUGAUUAUCUAUUUCACUUAUGCAUUUUGCACAUCAUUAACUAAAUAGUAUUUUUAUGAAAUUCUUUGGACAUUUGUCAAACUAGCUACGAAUUUUGAGACAUCGCUUCCACGUCGUAUCGGAAACUCCAACUCCUUUCAUUCACUGUCGUGAAUACAGUUUUCUGGAAUAUUUGAGUUUUGCUAGUAGCUAAACGUAUUUUAAUUUGAACACAGUCGUUAAAUUUACUAAAAUGAUGCGGCUGCCCAAAGGCGUUUCUCCUGCGUCUGGCCGAGGUGCUGUAGGAGGACUGUCGUGUUCACAGAAUAAAGUUUUGUCUGGAGUGAAGACAGAAUUCUUCAGCACCGGGUUAUGCAGUUCACCGAUGAACUCGGUACCGGCAGGAUACUUCACCCAAAUCUGCAACACGACAGCGGCCGAACAAAGGGUGAACUGCCUCUAUGCAACUCCCCAUGGACCUGAAGCUAAACCCAUCAGAUCAUCCUCCGGCAGACUCCCGGCCAAGAGGAAGCUGGACCUGGAGGACCCUCUCUACCUCCCAGACUUCAGGACCCCCAAAGGAAAGGGGGUUGUGGCCACAGCCAGAAUCCCUAGUCCCAAAACGCCCAAGUCUCCCGGUGAGCGGACGCGCUACGACACCUCCCUGGGUCUGCUGACCAAGAAGUUUGUUGGCCUGCUGAGCGAGUCACCUGACGGCGUGCUGGACCUCAACUGGGCCACCGAGGUCCUCGAGGUGCAGAAGAGACGCAUCUAUGACAUCACCAACGUGCUGGAGGGCGUGCAGCUGAUCCGCAAGAAGUCCAAGAACAACAUCCAGUGGAUGGUGGGUGGCGUGUUCGAGGGCUCGGCCAGCAGCGGGGAGAAGUCUCGCGCCCUGAGGAAGGAGCUGGGAGAGCUGGAGAGGGCCGAGAAGGCCCUGGAAGACCUGAUCACGUCCAGCAGCACCCAGCUCAAGGAGUUGACGGAACACGGGGACAACCAGGGACAACUAGGUUACGUCACCUACCAGGACAUCAGGUCUAUAGCCAGCCUGCAGGACCAGACGGUCAUCGCCGUCAAGGCCCCGUCAGAAACCAAGCUGGAGGUGCCUGAGUCCUCGGAGGGCUCCCAACAGAUCUACCUGAAAAGUAAGAACGGGCCCAUUGAGGUGUACCUCUGUCCCGAGGAGGGCCUGGAGGAUGCCAGCCCUGUCAAGAACACCACCACCCCCAGGAAAGACGACCCUCAUCAACCCCUGGGUCACAUUGUCUCCCCCUCCCUCGCCAUGGCACCACCACAGUACACCACUAUCAAACAGGAGCCCCAAUACACUGACGUCAAGCAGGAGCCCAUGGAAGCUGAACUCUCCAGACCUGCACCAGUAUCCCUCCCACCAACUCCCAUCAACACCACCAACCCCACCACCCUCCUGGACGUAGAGGGCCUCCUGGGCCUGCCCCCCAGCUUGCUCCAGAUGACCGAGGACCAGCUCCCGGGCCCCGGGUUCACCCCCGACCCCAACGCCCCCUUCGUCAGCUUCUCGCCGCACCUCGACCACGACGACUACCUCUGGGGGCUGGAGGAUGGCGAGGGCGUGUCCGACUUCUUCGACACCUACGACCUGGGAGACCUGCUCCAGAGCUGAGGGAGGGAGAGGGCGGAUGGGAUUAUAGCCUAGUUACGACCACGUUGCUUGACCUUAAGCAACUCUGAGCCCUAGUUAUAAUAUCUAGGGCUCAGAAUAUAUGUAAUAUAGGCUAUAACUGGUCAAGGGGAAAACUCCUGUCCCUAUUCAUGAAGGAGUAGUGUCCUCUGUAGAGGUAUGGGGUGAAGGGGAAAUGUUACACUAUGAAGCCAUCAACCUUUGCUUUAGCCAUGUCUGUUCUGCGUUUUGUCUAAAACGGGCCCCUUGUGUCUGUUCAUUUGUAUAUACAUGUGUAUAGUUUUUGAGUUUGGAUUUAGGUUAGUGCCUGGAUUGAUAGUGGUCUGUGUGCGCUGUGUGUGUCCAGCUUAUGAAGCUCUCAGCGUUGUGGUUUGUGUAUUUGUAUAGUGGACAGUGUUGUCCGUCUCGUUUCUAUUCUGUGUGCUGUGUGAAAAAUGCUAUGUGCUGUUUGAAAAUAUAGACACAGCACUUUUUUUUUUUAAUGCAUAUCUGAUGACCAGCAAAAAAAAAUCGACUCGGGCAUUUUGGGUUGGGGGUGUUAUUAAUAACUCUCAGGAUUUCUUUAUGACUUCAAAAGUCAAAAUGUUUAUAGUGCGCAUCUUUGGCCAUUAGGGGGCAGCAUUGUAUUAUGUCAGCUGCUUUAGAAGGUUGAAUCACUCACUGUAUGUUUUAAAAACCGAAGUGAAACGGGGAGGUACUACUGAACGUCGCCAAUAAAGAACACAGAUUUCAUUUGUCCGCUGCAAAACGUAUUCAAAUAUUAUGCCCUAUUGAUCACGACCCAGGUACCAAACGUGGAGUCUGUGGCGCUAACUUAACAUGCCGUUUCAACGAGGUGUUAGGAAGUAUGGUUAGAGUGUAGUUGUCGGGUAUUCCCAAGACAUCUGUUUUACAUUGAGGACCUGACCUGGUCACUACAUCUAGCCUCAAGCUUUAUGGAAGGUCAGGUGGUGAAGUAUUCUGUCUCCCAUGCAAAUCUGCAGGUUUUUGCUCCUCCCUUGUACUUGAUUGAUGAGUUAAGGUCAUUAGUUAGGAACUCCCCUCACCUGGUUGUCUAGGUCUUAAUUGGACACAAAUUGAAAGGCAACAACUCAAACCAACAGACACUCGGCCCUCCAUGAAACCAGUUUGACACCCCUGUCAGAGGUUAGUUAGAAGCGGUUCUGGACCCAUAGCCAAAAGACGCAGAAGUUGCAUCCCAAAUUGUGCCCUAUACAGCGCACUGCUUUUGACCAGAGGUCAUAGGGGAUAGUGUGCGAUUUUUGGGACGUAGUCAAGUGUCUCUUUUUGGUGACCUGAUAUUAUCGAUCGACAUAGUGAUCCCUAGUCUAUAUGUGACUGGCUAGAGUAUCACGCUUUGCUCUUGUGAAUCGGCAGCUAGGUUUCACAUCGGGAAGCUUCUCUAUCAAGAUGCAUUUGAUAGUGUUUCUGUAGUAUCUAGAAUUCGUAGUAACAAAUGACCUUAUAUUUCCAUGGAAAUUAUCUAGUGAGGAUGAUAAUACGCCACAACAUCUGGGUGUUUUGACUUAGGCAGUAAUUAAAAUGAACUAGAGGGCAAUUUUAAUUUCCCACUUCUUUUGAAACUAGAUGAAGUCUUUGAUUUAAAUGGUGGUUUGUGUGUUGUUGAAACGCUCGUCAUGCACCCAUAAUAGGAAACAAAGAGCACUUUGUCUUUUCCUGUUUUUAUAUAUAUAUAUAUAUAUUUUUUUUUUAAAUGAAGGCUCGGCCCCACGUGUGUGGUACUUUAAACCUGGGAGAAAGAGCCGAAAUUACAUGCCAAGGUCAAAUUUCUCCCUCUGUCUUUUAGACUGGGCUGUGUUCGCACCGAACUGAACAAAACACAUCUCAAGAUGUUUUUUAGCAUGAAUUCCGUGUUGGUGCAUUUUCUGCCUCUUCCCCAAUGCGGGUUAAGUCAAUUGUCCUGUCCUAACAAACUUGAAUAUUUUGCGUGCGUGUGGUUUGUUUGUUUGUGUGUGUGGAAGGUUGGGUAAUGGGUGUUUUUUUUUUUUAGUUGUAGAUUUGUAGACAAUUUUUUAAUUUUUUAAAAUGUUUUAUUGUGCAUUUUUUUGUAACUGUACAGAAUUGAAUUUGUAUUUAUAAUUUCUGAAAUAAUUUGUUUUUAAUACUGACCAUUGUAAAAGAGCAAACGUCUCUGUUUGACAUGCGGCACUUAAUAUUUUGUAUUAUUGUGGUUGGUUUGAAAAGAGUAAAGUAUUAAAGCCAUGGUGUAAACUUGCGAUUCUGUC